GCAAAACCAGCCAGAUAAAGAACCCGGUUUUUAAAAACCUGUUUGCCCUCGUUGGGAAGAGAGGACCAAAUCGAUGAUUAAAAAUCGAAUAUUCCAAUUUGGGAAUUGGGCAUCAGCAAUCAAAUAGGAAUAUACGAUAACAAGACAGAUUGAAGUAUUGAAUGGUGAUGUAAUUGGGCUGGGCCUCGUAAUAUUUUACUAUGAUCUGCUGUUAAUAGUGGAAGGCUUACUCUGUCUUUUAAUAUGCCCGGCUACCUCUAUACCAAAACCCUAGAUUUGUAUUUGUCACUGCUUUGGGAGUAAACGCUCGUACCAGAUCGGCAUCAGAAGGCGAUCGUUUGUUCCUUAAGCAAUGGCGCUGAUUAUGCAUGCUGGGGCAAACAACAAGAAUGUUUACAAGUCAUUAAUUGUGGCAGAAUAUGUUGGUGUUGAGAUUAAAAUGGAUGAAAACUUUCAGAUGGGUGUGUCUAAUAAGACUCCUGAAUUUCUUAAAAUGAACCCUAUUGGAAAGGUCCCUGUUCUUGAGACUCCUGAGGGUGGAAUAUUUGAGAGUAAUGCUAUUGCUCGCUAUGUUGCUCGUUUGAAACCUGGAAAUUCCCUUUUUGGUUCUUCACCAAUAGAAUAUGGCCAAAUUGAGCAGUGGAUCGACUUUGCAACCUUGGAGCUUGAUGCAAGUAUGAGGGGUUGGGCCAUACCAAGGUUUGGAUAUGCCACCUACAUCAAACCUGUUGAGGAGAGUUAUAUUGCUGCUACCAAGAGAGGUCUUGGUGCUCUAAACACAUAUCUUGCUUCACAUACUUUCUUGGUUGGUGAAGGUGUUACUUUGGCUGACAUCAUCUUGACAUGCAACCUUGUGAUGGGUUUUAAAUUUUUGCUCACAAAGAGUUUCACAGCUGAGUUUCCUCAUGUUGAGAGGUAUUUCUGGACCAUGGUUAAUCAACCAAAAUUCAGUAAAAUAAUCGGAGAAGUUGUACAAACCGAAGCUGUUAUUCCUCUUCCUUCAGCCAAGAAACCAGAGGAUAAACCAAAACCCGAGCCUAAAAAGGAAGUCAAGAAAGAAGAAGCCCCUAAACCCAAGCCUGAAGUUGCCCCAGAGGAGGAAGAGGCACCAAAGCCUAAGGCAAAGAAUCCUCUUGAUUUAUUGCCUCCGAGUCCUAUGGUUUUGGAUGACUGGAAGAGGCUUUACUCAAACACCAAAACUAACUUCCGUGAGGUUGCAAUCAAAGGUUUUUGGGACAUGUAUGAUCCAGAGGGAUACUCUCUUUGGUUUUGCAACUACAAGUACAAUGAUGAGAACACUGUCUCAUUUGUGACCAUGAAUAAGGUUGGUGGAUUCCUUCAGCGUAUGGAUCUUGCAAGGAAAUACGCGUUUGGAAAGAUGUUGAUUAUUGGAAACGAGCCUCCAUUCAAGGUCAAGGGUUUGUGGCUUUUCCGUGGGACUGAAAUCCCAAAAUUUGUGAUGGAUGAGUGUUAUGACAUGGAGCUUUAUGAGUGGACCAAGGUUGACCUUUCUGAUGAGGCACAAAAGGAGCGUGUGAAUCAGAUGAUUGAAGAUUUUGAGCCUUUUGAGGGUGAAGCACUUUUGGAUGCCAAAUGCUUCAAGUGAGGGGAAAUGCUGGGACCCUUGACCAUCAAUUAUUGUUGGUGAUGGUGUAGAUUUUUCUACAAAGUGUGUUUUUAGAUAUAUGUUGACUUUGUUUUGUUUUGCUUUGUUUCAUGAUGAUUACUAGCAUAUUAUAUAAACCAAACCAGUUUUGUUUUUUGGGUCUAGAGUAUACAUUUGCAUCCCACAGUUGGUUAUUGCUCCUUCUGCAUUUGAAAUGUGUGGCUUACAGGUUGGAUAAUGUUUGUCUUUCAAAACCUGGAAGAAUACAUGAUAUUUGCUAAUUAUUGGAAACAAUAACUAGAGUUUCAUCUAUGUAUGUCUAUCGAGUGGGUUUCUUUAGAUCCUGCAACAAGUUAAACUGCAACACCUAUUGUAGUCUAAAAAACCUUUUUAAGUGUGUUAUACAUCCCAAUGGAGUAGUAAUCUUUUGCUUGUUUGCAAUGUAUUGAUUAACCAUAUAAUGUACUUGGUCUAUUUAAGGGUUUGGAAAUUCUACCUUAUUACGUAAUUGUAUGAUAUAUGCAAUGUGAUGUUUGGCC